UUUGACGACGCCAUCUUCUCAGCUUUUAGGUUGGCUGUUUGUAAUUAACCCCACAGUUCUAUAUAUCUUGUAUAUUUACCUUCAUCAUAUGUGGUAUUCUGUUUCCUCCUUAACAGAAUUGUGGUUCUUGAGAGCAUGGAAUUUAUCUUUUGCUUUAGAAUCCAAAUGCUUAUGCACAUAGUAAUUUAUUGGCCAUUGGGAGAUGAAAUUUGCUUGUAUGGAAUAUAGGAACAGUUUUGCUGGAUCAUCAAAGGUAUCCUUUUGUGAUGAUGUCACUCCCAAUAUGUGAGAAUUAUUGUUUGCUAAGACUAUCCAUCUCUAAUUCUUGCUAUCUUAGAAAUGUAGUGUGUGAGGUGAAAUAUUGGUGUGGUGAAACUUUACUCAAACUUAACUCUUUUCUUAGGCUCAGACUAGAGUGAAGCUCAAUUACUUGGACCAGAUUGCUAAGUUUUGGGAGAUACAAGGCUCUUCCUUAAAGAUACCAAAUGUGGAGCGACGGAUCCUGGAUCUCUACAGUCUUAGCAAAAUUGUGAUGGAAGAGGGAGGCUAUGAAGCCAUUAGCAAAGACCGUCGUUGGGCUCGUGUGGCCCAACGCCUCAGCUACCCAGCAGGCAAAAAUAUUGGUUCCCUCUUGCGCUCUCAUUAUGAGCGAAUCAUCUAUCCUUAUGAAAUGUACCAGUCUGGAGCUAAUCUAGUGCAGUGUAAUACCCGUCCAUUUGACAGUGAAAAGGACAAGGAAUACAAACCCCACAGCAUCCCACUGCGUCAGUCUGUGCAGCCCUCUAAAUUCAACAGUUAUGGACGACGUGCUAAAAGGCUGCAGCCUGAUCCAGAACCAACUGAAGAAGAUAUUGAGAAAAAUCCAGAAUUAAAGAAAUUACAGAUUUAUGGAGCUGGUCCCAAAAUGAUGGGCCUUGGCCUCAUGGCUAAGGAAAAAAGUCUGAGAAAGAAGGUCUUAACUUCUCAGGAUAAAGAUGGGCCUGAGUGUCCUCCCACAGUGGUAGUGAAAGAUGAAACUGGUAUAGAUCUGAAACUAGAGACAUCUUUCCCCAAAAUAUUUUUGGAUGGAAAGGAAGAACUCUUUCAUAGUCUGGAACCCUGUACCAAAAUGACAAUGCGUCUUCGGAGAAACCACAACAAUACCCAGUUUGUUGACUCAUAUGUGUGCCGGAUAUGUGCACGGGGGGAUGAAGAUGAUAAGCUCCUCCUGUGUGAUGGUUGUGAUGACAAUUACCAUAUUUUUUGCUUGUUACCACCUUUGCCUGAGAUCCCCAAAGGUGUCUGGCGUUGUCCAAAAUGUGUCAUGGCGGAAUGUAAGCGACCCCCAGAAGCAUUUGGUUUUGAACAGGCUAAGAGGGAAUAUACACUUCAAAGCUUUGGUGAAAUGGCUGACACAUUCAAGUCUGAUUACUUCAAUAUGCCUGUACAUAUGGUACCCACAGAAUUAGUGGAAAAGGAGUUCUGGCGGCUUGUGAAUAGUAUUGAAGAAGAUGUGACUGUGGAAUAUGGAGCUGAUAUUCAUUCCAAGGAGUUUGGCAGUGGAUUUCCCAUUAAUGAUAGCAUGAAGCAUUUGUCCCAUGAAGAAGAGGAAUAUGCAGCCAGUGGCUGGAAUCUGAAUAUAAUGCCUGUUCUAGAACAGUCGGUUCUAUGCCACAUCAAUGCUGAUAUUUCAGGCAUGAAAAUUCCUUGGCUAUAUGUGGGCAUGGUAUUUUCUGCUUUUUGUUGGCACAUUGAGGACCAUUGGAGCUACUCCAUUAAUUAUCUUCACUGGGGUGAACCAAAAACUUGGUAUGGAGUACCCUCAUUUGCAGCUGAACAUUUGGAGGAUGUGAUGAAGAAGUUGACACCUGAGCUGUUUGAUAGUCAACCUGAUCUCCUUCAUCAGCUAGUCACUCUUAUGAAUCCCAAUACCCUUAUGUCACAUGGCGUUCCGGGGGUGAAUGCUGUCAGCUCUCUGCACUGCUUCUUCUGUACCUUGGUUGUCCGGACAAAUCAGUGUGCAGGAGAAUUUGUCAUUACUUUUCCCCGUGCUUAUCAUAGUGGCUUUAACCAGGGUUACAACUUUGCUGAAGCUGUGAAUUUUUGCACUGCUGAUUGGUUGCCUGCUGGACGUCAGUGCAUUGAACAUUACAGACGACUUCGGCGUUAUUGUGUCUUUUCUCAUGAAGAGCUUAUUUGCAAGAUGGCUGCUUCUCCUGAGAAACUGGAUUUGAAUUUGGCAGCAGCAGUACAUAAAGAGAUGUUUAUUAUAGUGCAAGAAGAACGGCGUCUACGGAAGGCCUUACUUGAAAAGGGCAUCACAGAGGCAGAGCGUGAAGCCUUUGAGCUCCUUCCAGAUGAUGAGCGCCAGUGUACCAAAUGUAAAACAACAUGUUUUCUAUCAGCAUUGGCUUGUUAUGACUGUCCUGAUGGACUUGUCUGCCUUUCCCAUAUUGAUGAUCUCUGUAAGUGUCCCCGCAGCAAACAAUAUUUACGAUACAGAUAUACCCUGGAUGAACUUCCGGCCAUGUUACACAAGUUGAAAAUUCGAGCUGAGUCUUUUGAUACUUGGGCUGGCAAGGUUCGAAUGGCCUUAGAGUUAGAGGAUGGGCGGAAGCGGAGUUUGGAAGAACUAAGAGCAUUGGAGUCAGAAGCUCGGGAGCGCCACUUUCCCCACAGUGAACUUCUACAGCGUCUGAAGAAUUGCCUGAGUCAAGCUGAAAAAUGCAUUUCCCAAGCCUUGGGGUUGGUUAGCAUUCAGGAGCACAGAGUUGAUCCUCCUCAGCUAACCCUAGAAGAGUUACAGGCCUUCAUUGAUCAAAUGAGCAGCCUUCCUUGUGCCAUGCAUCAGAUUGGAGAUGUCAAAAGUGUAUUAGAACAGGCAGAGGCCUUCCAAGUAGAAGCACAAAAAGCUCUGGCCACAUUACCUGCCAGCUUGUCCCUCCUUCCAAGCCUCCUGGAGAAGGCUCAGCAGCUGGGGAUUGAAGUGCCUGAGGCCAAACAACUAAAGCAACAAAUGCAGCAAUGUUACUGGCUGGAUGAAGUGAGACGAACUCUAGUUCCUCCUGCUCAGCGAGGUACCUUAGCAGUUAUGAGGAAACUUCUGGCUUUGGGUGCAAAUGUAGCACCUAGCCCUGCUGUAAAUAAAGCUCGGGCUGAGCUUCAGGAGCUACUCACUAUUGCUGAAAGCUGGGAAGAAAAAGCCCAUCUGUGUCUGGAAGCCAGGCAAAAACAUCCUCCUGCCAUGUUGGAAGCUAUCAUUCAUGAGGCAGAGAGUAUUCCUGUACAUCUUCCCAACAUUUUGGCACUCAAAGAUGCUCUUGCCAAAGCUCGAGCAUGGAUUGCAGAUGUGGAUGAAAUUCAGAAUGGUGACCACUAUCCUUGUCUGGAUGACUUAGAAGGGUUAGUGGCUGUGGGCAGAGAUCUUCCUGUUGGAUUAGAGGAAUUGAAGCAAUUGGAGCUUCAGGUACUUACAGCCCACUCUUGGCGGGAGAAGGCUUCCAAAACAUUUCUCAAAAAGAAUUCUUGCUACACUCUUCUUGAGGUAUUGUGUCCAUGUGCAGAUGCUGGUUCAGACAUCAUGAAACGGAAUCGAUGGAAGAAAAAGGAGCUAGGUCUAUAUAAAUCGGACACAGAACUUUUGGGUUUGUCUGCUCAGGACCUCAGAGAUCCAGGUUCAGUGAUCUUGGCCUUCAAGGAGGGUGAGCUGAAGGAAAAGGAAGGCAUCCUUCAUCUUCGUCAUGCCAACAUGGCUAAGUCUUGCCCAUCAUCACUUAUAUCUAAUGAUGCCACACCCUCAUCUUGUUUGUGUGGGCUGGCACCAGUGGGUGAGGGGACUAUACAGUGUGACUUAUGUCAGGAUUGGUUCCAUGGAAAAUGUGUAUCAGCUCCUCGACCCAAUUCACCCCGACUACUGAACCCCAUGUCCCCUGUCACCGUGGCAUGGUGGGAAUGGGAUACAAAAUUCUUGUGUCCACUUUGCAUGCGCUCCCGCCGUCCUCGCCUAGAAACUAUUUUGGCUCUUCUGGUGGCCCUGCAGAAGUUGCCUGUGCGGCUACCUGAAGGUGAAGCCUUACAGUGCCUCACAGAGCGAGCUAUUGGCUGGCAGGGUCGAGCACGUCAGGCUUUGGCCUCCCAUGAUGUAGCAGUGAUGCUGGCUCGGUUAUCAGAAUUACGACAGUGGCUUCAGCAACCAACUGGACCACCUCCUGAGACUACCUCUGCCCAGUUCUUUACUACAGCACCAGCUCCAAUAAGAGAGACUAUCAACAAUGAAUCCAAGCCUAAGUUAUCUUUGGAAAAUGGAGAUGGUACCACAAAGCUCAAGAAGACUGGCCCUGUGGGGUUCUCAGAUCUUGAUAUGCUCUUAUCACUGCUGCCACAGUUAAGUGGUCCAGUGCUAGAACUGCCCGAGGCAGCACGGGUUCCCCUGGAGGAACUAAUGAUAGAAGGUGACCUUCUUGAAGUGACUCUGGAUGAGAAUCACAGCAUUUGGCAAUUGUUGCAAGCUGGUCGUCCUCCAGAUUUGACACGUCUCCGUACUCUGUUUGAGCUAGAGAAAGCAGAACAGAGUGGAACCCGGAUCCGGGGUCGAGCAGUGGAGAAACGUCAUCGUUCAAAGGCAGAAAAAAGUGGUGAAUUCAAAGAUGUAUCCAGGGAACAGCGGGAGCCAAAGAGAACUCGGCCUAGAGUAGAAAUGAGUGAAGAAACCAGGAAGGAUCCUGAAGAGGACAUAGGCAUGGGACUUAAUAGGGAUAUUGCUACUUCCGCAGCAAUUUUGACUAAGAACAGUAGUCCAAACAGUGUAGAGGUGAGGUCAGGGACCUGAGGGGUUAAGGAAUCUGCCUAUUCCUCUGGCAUAUGUUUGCUGCCCUUUUCCUCUUGUUUGUUCCUCUGUUCUAAGUAGGAUUUGUAAUCUGUAACCAGACACUUCACCUUCCUAUCCCUAUCAGAAGGCCCACUUUAGAACAAGGUGAUAAAAAUAGAGAAUAAGGAAGGCUUA